AUAACCUCAAUAUAUAAACACUUUGUGUUUACAUGUUUAUGCUUGAAUUUGAAUCUAAGAGUAGUAUGUGAAUUUAAUAAUCCCUCUAUAAAGCAAAACGUUGAUAUAUUCUUAUAACAAUGAGAUAUGCUCAAUUGGUUAUUGGUCCUGCUGGAUGUGGAAAGUCUACAUAUUGCAAAGCAAUGCAGGACCAUAUAAUGCUCAUGAACAGAAGUGCCGAAGUAGUCAAUUUGGACCCAGGUGCUGAACAUUUCGAAUAUGAACCACUUGUAGAUAUAAGAGAAUUGAUUAAUGUUGACAUCACAAUGCAAAAUGAAGAACUAAAUUUAGGUCCAAAUGGGGGGUUAAUUUAUUGUAUGGAAUAUUUGUUUGAAAACCUAGACUGGCUAGAAGACAAAUUGGGAGACAGAGAUGAUUACAUAUUAUUUGAUUGUCCCGGCCAGAUUGAAUUAUUUACACAUAUUCCAUCUAUUACAAAAUUUGUUGAAACACUUCAGAAAUGGAAUUUUCAUGUAUGUGGUGUUUUUUUGAUGGAUGUACAAUUCAUGACUAAUGGUGCCAAAUUUAUAUCAGGAACAAUGGCUGCCUUGAGCGUAAUGAUGAAGAUGGGAAUACCACAUGUAAAUGUAUUAUCCAAAAUGGAUCUGCUGAGUAAAGCCACAAGAAAAAGAAUAGAUAGAUUCCUAGAUCCAGAUACAUGUGCACUUUUGGAAGAUGUUGAAGCAGAGAGUAUCUUAGGAUUCAAUUCAAAGUAUAUGAAACUAACACAGGCUAUUGCAGAAAUAAUCAACGAUUUUUCUUUAAUUUCCUUUGUACCCAUCAACUUGAAUGAAGAAGAGAGUCUUACAAAUGCUUUGAUAACCAUCGAUAAUGCUAUUCAAUUUGGUGAGGAUGAAGAUGUGAAAAUAAAGGAAGUUGAAGUUGAGGAUGAGUAAAAAUAUUGUUAAGAAUAUUGAGUUCGAAUUGAUGUAAAUAAAAUAUUUUCUAUAUAAGUGUUGAAAA